GCGCGCAGCGCUGGAAUAACGCACGAUCUGCCGCCCACUGCUGGAUCCGCAUUACACGUAGACUCGUAUCCUCUAUGAACUCUCUUCAGUUUGUCCGCGUGUGAGCACUCGCAGAAAUGUCCUUUGUAACCAUACCGAGUCAAGAGGACGCCGUCACCAGGUUGACAACGGCCACAGCCGCGGAGCACGACAAGAGCAAGUCCCCCCUGGAUGAGGAGGACGAGGAUGAGGAUGAGGAGGACGAGGACGAGGACGAGGAUGAUCAUCAUACACGGGAUCCCCGCUUCAUCGAGAGACGCUCCCCUGUGCCCAAAAAGCGAGGCCAGUCCAUUUUCGACGAGACCGCCGAGUAUUUGCGCAUCCGUUUGGCGUUGCCGGUCGUCAGGAGGGGAGUGUCGUUCGCCGAUACAACAGGUCGCGAUCUGGUCGACGUGAAGGAAUUUGUUGCCUUCGAUUCGGACGAGGAGGAGGCGGAAGAGCAGGCGGAGGAAGCGGCGCGAUAUCGCAAACCGCAGAGGAAAUGCACCUACCAGGUGAAGCCGGACUUCGCCCUGCUCACCGGCGACGCUCUGAUGCGCGCCGUCCGCGCCAACCGGGUGGAGAUAGAGGCGCUGUCCCCGGUGGAGGACGAGCCGCUCGCCUUCAGCGGGAUCGUACGAGUCCUGGACAUCUCCUUCGACAAAGCGGUGUACAUCAGAUCCACCAUGGACAACUGGGCCACUUAUUUCGAUCACCCGGCCGACUACAUCCAGGGAUCCCACGACGGGGGCACGGAUAAGUUUUCCUUCAAGCUGUCUUUCGCGCCGCCUUACCUGACGCACGGCUCCCGCAUCGAGUUCGUCGUGCGCUACGAGACCUCCGACGGGGAUCACUGGGCGAACAAUUCCCAGAUGAAUUACGCGGUGGCGCUCCUCGUAUCCUACGAAGACGAGAAGGCUCACGCCGCGUCCGACGCGAGAGAGUUAAGAGGUAUCCUAAGACCCCCUAAAGAUUACAGCAUGCCUCAUCAUGAUGACGAGGACAAGCUAGACAAAGACGAAGAGCACCCAGACACCUCUGGAUCAGCACCUAUCAAGCCCACACCUGUCAGACCCGCCGUCCUACAACCAGAGCUGGACCUAGAGCUCAUUGAAGCUUCGGCAACAUCUUAGACUGCAGAUCGGCCACCAGGUCACCUGCUCCCACCCAACCGGGAGCCUCCAUCAUCUGAUUGUAGCCUGCCCGUUAACACUGUGUCUCUGGGUGGGCCAUCACCCUGUGUUUCUUCCAAAGCCACGUUGCAAACUAAUGAAGAGUUUUCCUUUGUAUCCCAAGCCAGCAAGCCUAUU